AUGACUGGAAGUAGGGAACUAGGAGACCACGAUGAGACGAGGAAGAAAAUGACGCCCCGCGGCGGCCGCGGCGCGCUGACACUUUCACUGGCCGGGGGUCGGAGCCGAGCCUGUCGCCGGGCGCCAUCUUUGACGCUGGCAGUCCGCGGGAUUCUGCGGGUUGCUGCUGCUGUGAGGACGGCGGGCGGCCGCGGCGGCUCCGAGAGAAGAAAGACGUGGCAGCCAGUGGGACUCGGGGUUCGAAGAUGCAGCACUUUUAGUGGUGCCGGGGUUUUGGGAUGUAUUUCUGUUAAUUCUAAUACGGACGAAGAAGAUGUGGUAGAAGGAAAGAUGGUGGCGGAAGGUAUGGAUAAAGAGGCAAAAUUGCCUGCUAAAAAGAAAAGAAAGAAGGGUUUGCGAAUUAAAGGGAAAAGGCGACGAAAAAAACUGAUCCUGGCAAAAAAGUUCAGUAAGGAUUUGGGAUCAGGGAGGCCGGUUACAGACACGCCUGCUUUGUUGUCUUCCAACACCUCUGAGCAGGAUGAAGAAAGCCUUUUUGAGAGCAAUAUAGAAAAACAGAUCUACCUACCUAGUACCAGGGCUAAGACCUCCAUCGUGUGGCACUUCUUUCACGUGGACCCUCAGUACACCUGGCGGGCUAUUUGUAACCUCUGUGAGAAGAGUGUUAGCAGGGGUAAGCCGGGCAGCCAUCUUGGGACAUCCACUCUUCAGCGGCAUCUGCAGGCAAGGCAUUCACCUCAUUGGACCAGGGCCAACAAGUUUGGAGUCACUAGUGGGGAGGACGAUUUUACUUUGGAUAUGCCUUUGUCUCCCUCUUCUGCUGGAAGCAAUGGAAGCUUUGAAUAUAUCCCUACGGACCCACUGGAUGAUAAUAGACUGGGUAAGAGAUGUAAUAAAGCAGUAUCUGAUGCCCUGCGGGCAGAAAGAGGGAGAUUUCUCAUCAAAAGUAACAUUGUCAAGCAUGCCUUAAUUCCUGGAACUAGAGCCAAGACGUCUGCAGUUUGGAAUUUUUUUUAUACUGAUCCUCAGCACAUCUCAAGAGCUGUGUGCAAUAUAUGUAAAAGAAGCGUGAGUCGGGGUAGGCCAGGUUCUCACUUAGGAACUUCAACACUUCAACGACACCUGCAGGCCACGCAUCCCAUUCACUGGGCUGUUGCCAACAAAGACAGUAGUGGUGCUCUUGGAAACGGGCUGGAUGAGGUGGAAACUGAGAGAAAUGAUCUCUUGAGUGACACUUUGCAUGGAGAAAAGUCUACAGGUAGCCAAGAUUUAACAGUUGAGGACCUUAGUGAGACUGAUUCAGAAGAACCUCCUUUGUUAGAGGUUGAGAAUCAAAGAUCUGAGAGUCCUGUUGGUGUUGCAGAGGAAGACGUUGUGGUACAUGCGCAGGAGAGAGAACCAGCCUAUUGUGGAAGUACUGUCUCAAGUCAAAUAAGUCAGGCAAUUAUUCAGAUGAUUGUGGAGGAUAUGCAUCCUUAUAACUACUUUUCAACACCAGCCUUUCAGAGAUUUAUGCAGAUUGUGGCUCCUGACUAUAGGCUACCGUCUGAGACUUACUUUUUCACAAAGGCUGUACCUCAGUUGUACGAUUGUGUCAGAGAAAAAAUUUUCUUAACUCUGGAGAAUGUUCAAAGCCAAAAGAUUCAUUUGACGGUAGACAUAUGGACCCAUGACCCAUCCACUGACUAUUUUAUUGUGACUGUACACUGGGUCUCUUUGGAAACGACACUGUCUUGCAGUGAUGGCAGGGUCCCCAAUUUUAGAAAGUGGGCAGUACUCUGUGUAACAGGUUUGGCUAAAGACUGUUUAAUAACCAAUAUUUUACAAGAAUUAAAUGACCAGAUUGGUCUUUGGCUUUCUCCUAAUUUCCUCAUCCCUAGCUUCAUUGUUUCUGACAAUUCCUCUAAUGUGGUACAUGCAAUCAAAGAUGGUGGUUUUACCCACGUGCCAUGUCUCCUGCAUUGCUUAAAUAUAGUCAUUCAGGACUUUUUCUGUGAACACAAGAGCAUUGAGAAUAUGUUAGUGGCCGCCAGGAAAACUUGUCACCAUUUUAGUCACUCAGUCAAGGCCCGUCAGAUACUGCAGGAGUUCCAAAAUGAUCACCAACUUCCAUGGAAGAAUUUGAAACAGGAUGAAACUGGCCACUGGAUUUCUACCUUUUAUAUGUUACAGUGGCUCUUGGAGCAUUGCUACUCUGUCCAUCACAGCCUGGGUAGAGCCAGUGGAGUUGUGCUUACCUCUCUUCAGUGGACUCUGAUGACUUAUGUUUGUGACAUUUUGAAGCCAUUUGAGGAAGCCAUCCAGAAAGUGAGUGUGAAGACCACAGGAUUGAAUCAGGUGCUACCCCUAAUCCAUCAUCUACUCCUUUCCCUGCAAAAACUCAGAGAAGAUUUUCAAGUCCGAGGUAUUACUCAGGCACUCAACCUGGUGGACAGUUUAUCUCUGAAACUUGAAACUGAUACCCUACUAAGUGCCAUGCUCAAAUCUAAGCCCUGUAUCUUGGCUGCUUUGUUAGAUCCUUGUUUUAAAAACAGUUUGGAGGACUUUUUCCCUCGAGGUGCUGAUUUAGAAACUUACAAGCAUAUUCUUGCAGAAGAAGUUUGUAGUUAUAUGGAGUCUUCGCAGGAGGUCAGCCGUAUUGCAACUUCAGAGUCUUCUGGUUCCUCAGUGGUAGUAGCAGCCGACUCGUUUACCUCUUCCUUAAGAGAAGGCGCCUCUAGCUCAGGAUCUAUUGAUAGCUCAGCUGCAAAUAAUUUUGCCAUGGGAAGCAAAAGCUUCAUGUUUCCUUCAGCUGUAGCCGUAGUGGAUGAGUAUUUCAAAGAGAAGUAUUCAGAGCUCUCAGGCGGUGGUGACCCUUUGAUUUACUGGCAGAGGAAGCAAACCAUGAGCCUGGACUUUGACAAUAUAGAACAGCUGAUGUUUCUGAAAAUGAACUUGAAAAAUGUUAACUAUGAUUAUUCUACGUUAGUCCUUAGCUGGGAUUCCGAGAAUGAAGUAGUUCAAAACAACGAGAAAGAAAUAUUAUCUUAA